UUGGUUGUGAGUGACCUUUAUAGUUCAGACCAUUUUGCUAUAAUACAGGUUCCGACCACUGAUGCUCCUCCUCCACCCUUAUUGGUUGCAAGACAUAUUGAAAUAAGUAGUAUUGAUUCUGGACGACCUUCUAGCGAUUCAAAUGGAUAUGAUUGCUCUUCGUCGCCUGUUAGCUACCCUUCAUUGUCGACCCAAUGCCCAAAUCGGACUCGGGAGGAUGCCAAAAUAUUACAGCCAGCUAACCUUAAUCGUCCAAUUGGGUACGAACCGGCUCUUUGUGAUCCUAUGCCCCAGUUCGAGCGAAAGAUUGCUGGCGCUUCUGGCAUGUCUCUGGUUCAUGACGCAUUGUAUAGAGGCCAUGUGCAAGCUUCGUCGAGAAGGAAAAAUAGCAUAGGUCAUUACCAAGAUCCGAAUUCAUUUAGAUUAAUGGCGUAUGACAAUGAGCCACACGCUGCUCCAGCGUCAGUUCCGGUUAUAAAUAAUAAUAGUGUUUUGGUCUGA